AGGCAGCAUUUAACAGGCCUCUUAACUUGGUCAUGUGUGUGGAACAAGAGCUGCUACGUGAACUGGAAAUGCUUGGCUGGACAUAACAGGAUGUUCAAUCAGCAAACAAACCUAGAGAAAAACAUGGAUUAAUCAACAAUUAACCAGGUAUUUAAUUUCAGGGUUCUCAGGUGUUUUCCCAUUGUUGAUAAGGAAUGGAGGAACUCAAGGUUUACCCACAGGAAAGGAAACUUUGAGUCAUGAAUGUGAUAAAGUGAAUGUGAUAGUGAACAAAAAUGGCAGCAGUGAAUAGAAACGCAUGGAGUCAGGAUCUUAAGUACAAGGUUGGUGCUUGUUCUUGUGGCUGCCUUUGAUGUGAUCCAGUUCUGCUGCAGAGCUGUGUAACAGCAGGUGAGAUGUGACACGUUUGGGAUUUAGAUGUUCCUAAAGCACGAUUCUAUCCAAGCAUUAAAGCCGUGUAACCCUCAGCUCCUGCCUAUGGCCGCGUUUGUGUGCACAGAUGUGGCUCCUGCAGCAGCACAAUGGUGAGCCCAAUGUUCACGCUGUGCUUCCAGCAGAGCAGGCCGGGAGCUGCAGGCAGGGAGGUACCAGCGGAGCUCCCUGUUUGCCCGGCUGAUCCUUAAUGGGGCCUUUGCAUGGACCCGGCUGCAGGAAGGCGCAGCCCGGCCCGUCUCACCGCCCUCCUCCGCUCCGUAUCUCAGCCGUGUUGCCGUGCGGUCACGGGACGGGGCGGCUCCAGCUCCGCCGCUUCCAGCCGUCACAGCGCACGGACACAGCGCGGCGCUGCGGGGCGGCCGAGGGGCGGCCGGGUCUCGGUCUCGGUCCCGGUGUCGGUCCCGGUCCGUGGCGAUGCGCGCGGUGCUGUCGCUGUGUGUCGGUGCGGGGCUGGCCGCGCUCUUGGCCGCGUGGCGGCGGCGCCGGUCGGUGCGCGAGGUGCUGUUCUUCCCGUCCCCGCCGUGCUGCACCGAGGAGCUGCUGGCCGAGGCCGAGGCCGAGGGCUGCGACGGCCGCCCCGCUCCGUGCCCGUGCCCGCUGCCCCGCUCGGACUGCGCCUUCACUCGGCUCCUGCGGCGGCUGCUGUCGGCCCGGCGCUCCCUCGAGCUCUGCCUCUUCGCCUUCUCCAGCCCCGAGCUCGGCCGGGCCGUGUCCGUGCUGCAUCGCCGCGGGGUCCGGAUCCGCGUGGUGACGGACUCGCAGUACAUGGCGCUGCGGGGGUCGCAGAUCGGCGUCCUGCGGCUGCUGGGGAUCCAGGUGCGGCACAACCAGGACGUGGCCUUCAUGCACCAUAAAUUCGCCAUCGUGGACAAGAAGAUGCUCAUCACGGGUUCCCUCAACUGGACCAUGGAGGCGAUUCACAGCAACAGGGAGAACGUGGUGAUCGUGGAGGACGCGGAGAUUGUGCGGCCUUACCUGGAUGAGUUUGAAAGGAUUUGGGAAGAGUACGACCCUGGGAACUACACCUUUUUUCCUAAGGAAAAUGAUUAAGGAGCUUCCCCCUGAGCUGGAGGGGUGUGGAACUGACACCAUUCAAGGGUUUAUUAUUAUCUAUAGCCAUCGAUGUAUUAUUACCAAUCUGGUUGUAAUUUCGUUAAGCACCUCCUGAGCUGAAGGGCUCUCAACCCUAAAUUGCCACAGGUGCCAAAGGAGCAGGAGGGACCCAGCUGAUGGGCUCAGUGAUGGAGCUCAUUGCUGUGCCCUGCAAUGGGUGAGGUGAUGUUUGCACUGUGCUCAGGACCUGUGCAGGGAGCCGGGUGUUCUCCAAGCUCUGGAUGCUCUUCAGCUCUGGGUGCUGCAGGAUGGAGCUGUACCUGAAGGGUUGUGGGGGCUGCAUUGAAGCUGGGGGUUGUCUGAGUGUGAGCACAGCCGUUGUCCUUUUGUUUGCACGAGUUAUUGACGGUUUGUGGAAGGAAAUGUGGGAAAUAGGAAGUUUGGGUUUGUAAAAUGAGUUUCCUCUGGUUUGAGGUUAGUGGAGCUGCAGUGUCAAUGUGUGAGAGCAGAUUGCAGCGGCAGCUCAUCUUCCUGCAGAGCAGGGAGUCCCCAGAAAGAACUGAGGGAAGCUUAAACUUAAACGUGUUCAGAUGCAGCGUGUUCUGCUGCGGGGCUGGUUCAGCAGGUUUAAUGUGUGCUCCUUUAAAUACGUGCUGGUUGUUCCAAGUUA